GGUACCCCGGAAAUGCUUCCUCCGCCGAAGAAACAAACUACUUGGUAUAUUACUUUGCUUGUUGACAUUUUUAAAAACCCACAUUCGUGGCCAUAUACAUAUAUAUGUACGUAUUUAAACCAGACCUGUAUUUUAGCCAGGUUAUAAAAAGUCGGGUUGUUUUUUAAGCCAGGUAAGCGAUCUCUGGUGUUUUUUUAAAGAUUUGAAUUAGCAUCACUACUGAGACCGCGCAGCGUGCGUCUGACAUCACCGAAAAGCAAGAUAGUUCCCCACUUCACAUCAAUCUAAACGUUAAUAUUUCCCCUUAAGUCGAAAUUACCGUAUUUGAAAUGUUUGCAACCGUGUAAAAUGCUAACUUUGGCUAAUAAAAUACUAAAUCUGAUAGGAAACGUGAUUUGUCUAAAUUGUGUUGUAUUAUGUGUAUGUAUGUGUUAUAUAGUAUGUGUUAUAUUUAUUUAAAAAAAGAAUCACAUUUCGUGGACUGAUACGGAUACUAGCUUUUUGUCUACAUUCAUGACUACACUGAUGGGAUGAAUACAUAUGUCUUGUAAAAAAGAAGGGUAAUUAAAAAAAGAAGUCCAAAUGUAAAUAUAUACACUACCGAAAGUAAAGUGACCAAAGGCGGAAGGAAUGGGAAAGAAUCAUCUUGAAGCGCGUGGUUCUUUACCCUGCGCUCUCUUUUCUCUCGGCUCCCGUUUUGCGUGUUGGGGGGAUGGGGCCGAGCCGAGGAUGAGAGACUUCAAAUAUUUACCACUUGGCUAACUAAAUAUCUCUUUUUAGAACCGAGUUUCCUUCCUUGCACUUGGACAUAUAAAUACACUUCGACUACGGAUGAGUUUUGGUGGAAUUCUGCGAAAAACUAAGCGGAGUGUUUGUGCGUCCACGACACACGCUUAAAAAAAGUCGACAAAAUGUAUUCCUCUGCUGGAGCUGCUGAGAUGCUUGAGGGACCCGGUUCUACUGGGUCAGUAAGCUCUGAACCCCCAUCUUCCCCAGUGCCAGAGUAUGUGUUCAAGCCACCAUCACGGCCAGACUUUGGCACCAUGGGCAGGACAAUCAAGCUCCAGGCUAACUUUUUUGAGAUGGAAAUCCCCAAAUUGGAGGUCUAUCAUUAUGACAUUGACAUCAAGCCUGAAAAAUGCCCCCGGAGGGUCAAUCGUGAAAUUGUGGAGCACAUGGUCCAGCACUUUAAAACACAGAUCUUUGGUGAUCGAAAGCCGGUGUAUGAUGGAAGGAAGAACCUUUACACUGCCAUGCCCUUGCCAAUAGGCAGAGACAAAGUGGAGCUUGAGGUAACUAUUCCUGGUGAAGGGAAAGACCGCAGCUUCAAAGUAGCUAUCAAGUGGGUGUCCUGCGUUAGCCUGCAAGCUCUGCAUGAGGCACUGUCAGGACGGCUACCCAGCGUCCCUUUUGAGACUAUUCAAGCCUUGGAUGUGGUCAUGAGACAUUUGCCUUCUAUGAGGUAUACCCCAGUGGGACGCUCUUUCUUCACUCCUUCAGAGGGAUGCUCAAACCCUCUUGGUGGAGGGAGAGAGGUGUGGUUUGGUUUCCACCAGUCUGUCAGGCCGUCCCUUUGGAAAAUGAUGCUCAACAUCGAUGUUUCGGCCACUGCGUUUUACAAAGCCCAACCUGUAAUUGAGUUUAUGUGCGAGGUCUUGGAUUUCAAAAGCAUCGAAGAACAGCAGAAGCCCUUGACAGACUCUCAACGAGUGAAAUUUACAAAAGAAAUCAAAGGCCUGAAGGUUGAGAUUACUCACUGUGGGCAGAUGAAGAGGAAGUACAGAGUAUGCAAUGUGACAAGAAGACCAGCCAGCCACCAAACGUUCCCUCUGCAACAGGAGAAUGGCCAAACUAUAGAGUGCACAGUAGCUCAGUACUUCAAAGACAAGUAUAAGCUCAUCCUGCGAUACCCCCACCUGCCAUGUUUACAGGUGGGGCAGGAGCAGAAACACACCUACCUGCCUCUAGAGGUGUGUAACAUAGUGGCGGGACAGCGCUGCAUCAAAAAGCUGACAGACAAUCAGACCUCCACUAUGAUCCGUGCCACAGCCAGAUCGGCACCAGAUCGUCAGGAUGAGAUUAGUAAACUGAUGAGAAGUGCCAACUUCAACGCUGACCCUUACGUUCGUGAGUUCGGAGUGAUGGUUCGGGAUGAGAUGACGGAAGUGAAUGGCCGUGUCCUACAAGCUCCUUCCAUACUGUAUGGAGGCAGGAACAAAGCAAUAGCCACACCAAUCCAGGGAGUGUGGGACAUGAGGAACAAGCAGUUCCACACUGGUAUUGAGAUCAAAGUGUGGGCCAUUGCCUGCUUUGCGCCACAGAGGCAGUGCACCGAACUCCUACUUAAAGCUUUCACAGAUCAGCUGAGGAAGAUCUCUCGAGAUGCAGGAAUGCCUAUCCAAGGUCAACCUUGCUUUUGUAAAUAUGCCCAGGGAGCUGACAGCGUCGAGCCCAUGUUCAGGCACCUCAAAUACACCUACCAGGGCCUCCAACUGGUGGUAGUCAUCCUACCAGGGAAGACACCCGUUUAUGCUGAGGUGAAACGUGUUGGGGACACGGUUCUUGGCAUGGCCACACAGUGCGUGCAAGUGAAGAAUGUUCAAAAGACGACGCCUCAAACUCUUUCCAACCUGUGUUUGAAGAUCAAUGUCAAGCUGGGCGGUGUUAACAACAUCCUCCUCCCACAGGGCAGGCCGGUGGUGUUUCAGCAGCCAGUGAUCUUCCUUGGUGCAGAUGUGACACAUCCACCGGCAGGAGAUGGAAAAAAGCCCUCCAUCGCUGCUGUUGUUGGUAGCAUGGAUGCCCAUCCCAGCCGGUACUGUGCCACAGUACGGGUACAGCAGCACCGCCAGGAAAUCAUUCAGGACCUGGCUACCAUGGUGAGGGAGCUGCUGAUCCAGUUCUACAAGUCCACCCGCUUCAAGCCCACCAGAAUCAUCUACUAUCGGGAUGGCAUCUCUGAGGGCCAGUUCAACCAGGUUCUUCAGCAUGAGCUGCUGGCAAUCCGGGAGGCCUGCAUCAAACUAGAGAAGGACUACCAGCCUGGUAUUACCUUUGUGGUCGUUCAGAAGAGACACCACACGAGACUGUUCUGUAUGGACAGAAAUGAGAGGGUUGGGAAGAGCGGCAACAUUCCUGCAGGCACCACAGUGGACACCAAAAUAACUCACCCAUCAGAAUUUGACUUCUACCUUUGCAGUCAUGCUGGCAUUCAGGGAACCAGCAGGCCGUCUCACUAUCACGUGCUCUGGGACGACAACCACUUCUCAUCAGAUGAACUGCAAGUCCUUACCUACCAGCUUUGUCACACUUACGUGCGCUGCACCCGGUCAGUGUCCAUCCCAGCACCAGCUUACUAUGCCCAUUUGGUGGCUUUCCGGGCUCGCUAUCACUUGGUGGACAAAGAGCAUGACAGUGCCGAGGGCAGUCACACAUCAGGUCAAAGCAAUGGACGUGACCACCAGGCCUUGGCCAAAGCUGUUCAGGUCCACCAGGACACCUUGCGCACCAUGUACUUUGCCUGAGAGCACCCAACUCCCAGGAAGGCGUGGGUGAGACAUCACUGAUGGAACGCACUACCCUCCGCUGUCUCACUGUCAGCUGUAGAUAACAUUACAGUGGUUUCACAUUGUGAUCUCCCUACCAGACAAACAUGUCAGUAACCCAAAUGUCUACAAUUGUACUUAAACCCACCAAAACCAUUCCAGCAAUUAGACUGUAACAUGCAAAAGAGUCAUUCUUUCUUGAGGAUUGAGCUGGAAGAGGCUUUAUUUACAUGUCGUGCAUUAGUUGUAUUUGUAGUUGUUAUCCGUUUAAAAAAAAAAAAAAAAGGGUGAAAAUUACGAAAAGACAAGGCAGAGUUUGUACGUUAAUAGAAGAAUUUUUUCUUUCUUUUUUCCUUUUUUUCCUUGCAGGAGGUAACAGUAUACAGUAGGGUGGUUUCACAUUUAGAAGAAGCCAGUCGCCCUCCUUCUCCUUUUGUUUUGUUAUUAGGCUCUUGGUGCUUGACGGGAGAAGGCAAAAAUCAAAAGAUGUGGGGGUCCAUUAACUGUUAUAUGCCUAAUGAUUUAGACCUCCCCGCAGAUAUUAUUUAUCAGCCUAUCAAAGCAAAGUGCACUGACCAGGAUGAGAGCUUCAAUCAGGACAAAAGUACUCAUAUAUAUAUAUAUAUAUAUAUAUAUGUUGAGGGUUGUUUGUGUUUGUUUUCCCCCCACAUAGGGCACUAUGUGAUGAAAAGUGCCAUUUAUGAGUAUCUUCUUUCUUUUUUCUUUUUUUUUUGCCACUUCUAUGUAAAACUAUGAAUUUUUCUUCCAGUAUUUGUCCUCUUGACACUGAUGAUCUUAUUAUGCCAACUCUGUUGACAGUUAAUGAUCUUGACAUCAGAUUUGUGUAACCCCUGAAUCAACACUUUUUUAAUUUAUUUUUGUUUAGUUUCAAUGAAGCUCUUUUUGUAUUUAGAAAUUUUGGGGGGGGCGGGGGGCAAACAUUUUUUUUUCCUCCUUUGCCCCACUGUUAAGUCUGAACUGACAAACCAGUGACCUGAGAUGUAAUAUAUUGGGACUGGUUCCCAGUAAGGACACAUUUCUAAUGUAUUCUGAGCCAUGUUGACAAAAGACACUUGAUUAGGAAGUCACCAUAGUGGGGAACGUGUUAAAAUCUGUGUGAUUCCCAUCUGUUUUUACAGACUUUUUAAAAUUUGAAUAAUUUCUCCAAUGGAUAUGCAUGUAGCUGGCUCAUGUUUUAGACAUUUUAGGCAUUUGUGAUUAUUGUUUAUUUCUUCCUUUAUACACAUCAACCCUACUUCUAUUUUUUUAAUGUAUAUAGCACAGGAUGGUGUAUUCUGCUGUGUCAUUUGUGUGGCUUGUCAGUAACCAGGCAUUCGGUACAGUGGAGUCAAAGCUGCAACAUUUUAGAGUUUAACUGAUUGAAAUUCCUUAAAACCUCUUUAACGUAGUGUUUGCUCCAAGAACUAGGGGCUGUCAUCGCACAAAAGCUUGGGUUUUAUGCAAAUGACUUUUUUGUGAGUCUUUAUACUAUUUAGUAAUGUUGGUAAUAAGGUAUAUUUUGAAUAAGCCUUCAGUGGAAGCUGCUGAAAGAUUAUAGAUUUUCUUUGUUUUUUUCUUUUUUAAAAAACUGGCCCACAUGUUAAAAAAAAUUGUCUAAAUUAAUAUUGUCUUUGUAUGCAGAUAAAUGCAAAUAUAUGGCCUUUUAAGACUGUCAUGUCUUACUAAUAACAUUAUUAUAUAAUAACAUCCCACCUAAGUUUUACUAAUGCUAUAAGCAGGCGAAUGUUGACGUAGUCUUGAGUGGAGGCGAGUAGUUUAUCUUUUCUAACUAUGCAUCAUUUUUAACCAAGAGAUUUAGCAGUGGGUAUCUGACAUGAAUUGGAGUCAUUUCUAGAGGUAGAUAAUCAGGGCUUUUUAUGUUGUUUUUAGCAUAUUGCAUUUAGUAGCGUUUCUUAGUGCUUAUCAACGUCUUCAUACCUUUCUAAUAGGAUGAAGUAUUUAUGUGGUCAUUUGUAACAUUGUAGAUUUUAUAGCCUAUAAAUUGGGUGUAUCCUUUGUAACACACAGUCUUUCCUAGCCAAACAAGAUUAUGAACUUUUACAUGAUGAAUAUUAAAAAAAGAAACAUAUAUAUAUAUAUAAUUAUAUGAAAGCACAAAAGGACAUCUCGAUUCUAGGUGCUAGAUGUUUUCACUGUAAAACACCUUAAAUCCUCACUGGACUGGUCCACAAGGCUCCGUAAUUGCAUGCUAAAAAACAAAAAAACAAGUAAGCGUCAUAAUGUUUAGAAUCUUUUCUCUCCCUUUGAUGACCUCUCUAUGGUUCCCUUUGUACUCAUGACCUGUAAAAGCAACUAGAAAUCCGACUGACUGUGUUUGUGGGGCAUUCUGAAAAAUCUGUACUUGAUAUUUACUGUUAUGAUGUCAAUAUUGUUCUUAUCGGUGCUGGUCUCACAACAUGUAAAUUUGGAUGCACUUUUGAUAGCAAUGGUGUGACUUUUAUAGAUAAUCAACUGAAGCGAGAGGCUCGGCCGUUUCGUGUGACGCCGGUGUAAUUGUGUGGAAAUGGCCGCGUGUACUACCUCUUGUUACCUGUUUUAAGUGUUAUGGUAACAUCACACUGCUGGCCAUUUCUGUAUAAUUACCUCUGCAAUCUAUCUAAUUGGCGCUGUUUGAGUCUUGCAUCUUGACAGAAGAGGUUUUAAAUGUUUGCUGUGCGUGAUGGUGAACGUGCUUUCUCAGUUUAUGUAGUUAUGCGAUUUAUUUUUUUAAUUUUUCACCCUCAUAGUUUUGCUCAAACUAAUGAGAGAAUGUGUGUUUUGAGUGUUGAGCUGUACGACCAAAUUCUUGAACUGUGUUUGUACCUACACACAGAUUUCCCUGCUUUCUUUCCUUUUAUUCUAUGCACCAAUAAGAAGCAGCAUUUUUUUUUUUUUUUUUUUAUUUCUAUAUAGAAUAAUAACUCCUUUGCUUUUCAGUUGAGCAGCAUACCAUCAAAUAUGUCACCCAUAUUUGGUCUGAUAAUUUUAUUUCAUUAUUCAAAAGUACAAGGUACAAAGUAAAUGUACCCAGUUGGUGCUGUGUGUCAGACCGGGGAAGUAAUCUAGAAAAGACUGCCCGCGGAUAGAUUGAUAGAGCCUGAAAACUAUCACGUAAUACUUGUUGAUGUCUGUGUGAAAAUGACACAGCCGAAAAUUUAUGUCGAAUUUCACCCCAGAGCAUUUAUUUCUAUGUACAAUCAUGCAUUUAAGUCCUUUAUUUAAGCUUUAGGUUUGUUUUGAUCCAGUCAUCUCGAUCAGAGUAGGUGGAUCAGAACAGAUGAAUUAAUCAGGAGAAGCCCAUCUUUGGCUCUGUACUUGGAAAUGUGAAUGUCUUUGUUCCUGUGUGAUUGCAGGCCUUUGUAACGCGACCACAGCUAUCUUCACUUACUCGAAUGUUCAGUUCUUAGACUGUUCCUCAAAGGGACGCGUCAGAAUAUAGUGUAAUAGUUGGAAGUCAUUCUCUAGAAGAUAACCCUCAUGUAUUGUUGACAGAUUGAAUCAUUUUUUUCCUGUAACAGCACAAACAUCAGAAACUGACUGGCUUGAAACUUUAAGCUGUCUUUUUUUUUUUUUAAAGAGAUGACUUUGAACUUGUUUCUGCUUCUUUACGUUUUACAUUACCUACACCAGCACCUUAUAAAACCUGGUCAAAAUGGCUUUUUUCUCCCUACACUUAACAAACAAUAUUCGACAAUGUGUUUUGUUUUUCUUUGCACUAAACAAAGGACUUAGAGCUAGUCAUGUAUUGAGAGUGUUUAUCAGGGGGCAGGCUGGCAGCCUUGAGUUUUGGAUUUUGGUGGCUUUUCAAAAUAAGAGAUGCACAGUCAACAAGUGUCGCCAAUCAUAGGCAGGAGAUUUUGGGGGGUUUGUAGCCGGAGCAUCAAUGCCACAGUGUUUGAGUAUUAAGGUUUGACACGGCUGUCACUGAAGACAGCCAUGUGCACAUUAAAUUGUAUUUAGUAAGGCCUCUUUUUGUCCAAAAUCGCUACAAACUACACAUAUCACGACUCGGAAGAGGCUUUUCCUUUUUCACAUAAAUCAUCUUCGUCACAAUAUAACAGAAUACUUUAUUGUCACUGUUACAAGAACAGUGAAAUACAGUAUGAGCUCAGUCAAGAAUGUUCAACAGACCAAUACUUGUAGCCUGGAUGAAUGUGGCAAUGCUCUUCAAGUGAAAUGCAGCAGUGAGGCUUUCAGAACAGCUGUAGUGCUGCCCCUAAAAACAUUCUCAGACAAGGUAAUUAAAUGCACACAUUCACCUCACUUUGGCUGUUUUCCCAGUAUCUUUCGGAGUGGCCAAAACGCGGAUAAAGCAGGUUUUAGAAAUAGCUUUUUUGUAAACUAAAUGGCAUAUCAUAAGCUAUUUUAAUCAGCGAAUUAUUUUUCAUAAUAGUGGGUCUUUAGUUUUUAAGAGGUAAUGAUAACAUUUCUCCAAAUGAUAACCAUCAGCCUUUGCAUUUUUUUGUUUGUUUUUUGUUUUUAUUAAUAGUAUUCUUUUUAAUUUAUUUUCUUCUUUUUUUUAAUGGUCAUGGAGUACAAAAUAAAAGCCGGCUUUCUAAUGAAGCAGUCCCCAUUACAUGAAUUAAUUCCAUACCAUUACCCUCUGUAUAGUAAUGUCUCCUCUUUCUGCCGCUUAUCUGUCUCUUGUGGAGAAAAUCUUGCUGUUAUAAAGAAAUCUCUUGUAGAGUAGAUCCUAUUUUCCUAGCUCCAUAUAUUAAAAAUGAAUGUAAUUUGAACCUGCGUGGUUUGUAAUGUUGUAUAGGCUAUCCAUCCAGUACAUUUAUACUCCUCUUUGCAUCUUAUGUACAGCCUUUUCUUUCUGUUUUCUUCCCUUUAUUUAUAGGCUUUAUUAAUUCCAGAAAGUAUUGUUUUCUUCUUCUCAGUCAUUUAAAUAUUGCCCAUGUCACAGAUCAUAUAAUCUUUUUAUUUUUAUUCAUUCUGAUUAACAUGAAAGUAGUAAUUCUACAGUUGUGCUGUCUUUCUCUGGAUGUUGGCUACUGUACUUUUAGGAGACAUAUGUUUCACACUGGUGCAAAGAGUAGCCAUCCUUUGAGUCCUGGCAUCAUACUUGUGUGAGGUGCUAAAACAUAAGCGCUUUGUGUGUAUAUUAGGUGGUUUGCGUAGGUGUGUGAUCUUGUUUGCUGUUGGAUUUUAAACUUAUGCUUAAGCCCUCGGGUCUCGUAUUCCUGUCCAGCCUCUACAGAGCUGUCUUGUAAAAUCGUCCCUGAAUUAUUACAUUAAUUAGUGCAGUGCCACAUAAAUGCAGAGAAGCUUUUUGUUUUAAGUGUUGCUUCUGUUCCUCAUUUGUAUUGCUACGCAGCUGGUUUUUUUUGUUUGUUUGUUUGUUUGUUUUUUUUAGAUCUAUAACUGACCUUUUAUGAUAUACGUGGCAUAUACAUAACAUCCCGCUCCUGUUUGACAUAGUUUUUUUUUUUUUUCUAAAUAAGCAUCACUUUGUCUCUGACAGUUACGCCAAUGUCCACUCAAUUACCUGUAACCAUGUGAUGCCAGUUUGGUAUCCAUAAAGUUUGCCUGUAUUCUUGUUUUAGCUACAAGUGUCAACAAUUAGUAUAAAUUCCAGUGGUGCACCAACAAGGAAAGACCUUUUCAAUUUCAUUGGAUGCAGCUGUUUCAUUCACUUUACCUUGGAUGUGUUUAAGACGUUAGUCACACAGGCGUAGAGACCAGUUGAGGACUGCCUGGCAACCAUUUUUCAAUGUGGCUGCUGGAAGUGUUUUUUGUUUUUUUGCGGUCACUACGUCAAAUUGGCUGCAAAGGGGUAUACAGCGCUAAGCCAAAAUUCUCCUUGCAGUUGUUUUGGUUGCUAGCACAUUUCCAUGGUUGCUUCUAGUUUGCAUGGGAGAUGCCAACUUGUCUGCAAACACUUAGCAACCACCACCGAGCAGUAGUGAAACUGUGAAAAGUGUGACACAAACUGGAAAUAGUCAUGGUUUGCCGUCAGAGUAAAAGAUGUGACUUUGGAAACGUGUUGGUUUCAGCUAAGAUUUCACUUUUACUAUGACAGUUUUUGUUUUGCAUCGCACUUUUCACAGUUUCACUACCACUCUGUGGUUAAUUGGCAAGUGUUUGCAGACAAGUUGGGAUGUUCCAUGCAAAAUAUAGGCAACCAAACUAUUCACUAGAAGGUUUUUUGUGACAGCCAGCAACUUCCAGCAACCACUUAACACCUAGUUGGGAAUAGACAUUUUUCCCUGGCCACUUGAGGUUUCCAGGGAUCGCCAACCAGUCUCUAGAUCUGUGUGACUGAAGCCAAAGAAACGGGAGUGCAAGAUUACAGUGUUGGUUCUACUACUUUGUUUCUAAUUAAACAUCUAGUGGAAAAAUAGCCAGGAAAAUGUCUUGAUCAUAAAAGGAUCAAUCCCAGUCAUUUUGUUAGCACUUGAAUUUUCCUUAUCCACUGAAUAUUUUAAUGUCAAGCAGAUGGUUUGGUAUGCUUGAACUGCACUUUUUUAAAUCAUUGCCUGCAGGAUGCCAUUUUAUCCUAAUCUCUUGUCUAUAAAUUGUAAUUGAAUAUAGCUAUUUCUGUGCAUUCACAAGUGAACUUCUAAGAGCUCCUCUGGCAACCAGCAGGGUGCAGAAAAGCACACAGUAAUCUGGCAGCUGUGGCAUUGACAGGUGACACAUCUGCAUCCAGGUGGAUAUUCAGGGUUAGACUGGAUGACGUAGUAAAUCAGAUCGAGACUGAGGAGAGCUGUUACAGAACUUAACCAAGCCAUUGCCAUUCAGCUGAACUAUUUGAAUCCAAUCAUGCAAGACUUGUGGGUAUUUUUUAUUUGUAUUUUUCCAAGCAUUUUCAGUCUUGUGAACGACUUGGCUUUUUAUUUACCGACUUGGAUAAAACUACCUCAGAGCAGUGUCGGGUGCUAGCUAAUAUUAUCCCUAAUUUAUGAGUGACAACAAAAUGAAGAAAUUGUAGUGACCAAACCAAUGAAAGCCAAUAUCACAUAAAAGCACUGUCUGUUUUGGUGGGUUUUCACCCUUAAUAAGUAAUCCUGCAUGGACUGGUUGGUUGCUUUAGUUGGUUACAUUUUACCGGACCAAAUUUUUUACUAUCGGGAGUCUCAUUGUUUGUAAUGUGAGUCGAUGAAGACAGCCAAGCACAAUCUAGGACUUGUUCACGUGUAAUGCUAACUGUAAAAGAUGUCUGGAUUUUUUUAAAAGGUGCCAUCGUAAUUGCUAAUUCAUGACAUGUAGAUAAUCCAGCAAAACCUGUUGAUUUUAAAAAGGUGUUUGUAGUGACGACGAAGGUUUGCGGAAAGAUGUAUGCACAGCAAUAAAUUUCCUGAGCGUGGGCUGCAGAUUGUUGGUGUUUUGGGUCUUUUUUUUUUCUUUUUCUUUUUCUUUCUUUUAACCAGUCUGUCCACUUUGGGCAGGCUUUUAGUUGGCAGGACAAAUGCCUGUGAGAUCAGACAAACUUAGUCUCAAUUUAUGGAACCAGCUUCUUUUUCAGUUUUUGUUUUGCCAGCAAGUUUAGAAAUAUCAAGGCUUCAUAGUGAACAGAGCCACGCUGUUAUCAAAUGCCUACAUGUUUUUUCAACCCAAACUGCAAUAAAAUCCAGGGUGGAUUUCCCCAUCUGGUACUCACCACACUCAAUGCCAUUUUUUUUUUUCUUUUUUUUUUCUCGCAGGGAGAAAUGUGUAGUUUUGCAUGUCACAUUAACAAAGGGAAAAUCCACGUCUGAAUACACUUCACACAAAGAAAAACCAUUGAAAUUCGACGCAAGGCACACGUGAGGUCGUGUGUGGUUGUUGAGUAAAGGUCGUAGCGAUUUAGUCCAAACUGAAGACAUCCAGCGUGCGCUCGUGGUUCGACGUGUGCCUUUUGUCGGAUCUCUCUGUCUCUGUCUCUGUCUCUCUCUCUCUGUCUGUGCAUUGGGUUUUGUGAGUCCUUUCAAAAUAAAGUUUUGACUAAAAUCUGUCAUGCCGCAUAAAAAGUAAAAAAGAAAAGAAAGUUUUAACUACCAUGCAACCUCGUGUGUAGAUGCUGCAUAGAACGAUCAGUAUUUGUGUUUUGCACUUUCAAAGCGGUCUCAAGAAAAAGAAAAAAAAGAAAGGAGGCCCAUCUGAGAUUGGGCUGAAAAUAAGAAUAAAACUGACGAGGUAUUUUAUGCUAUCAAUAGGAAUUAUAAGGAAUAAUAUGACUCGGAGGAGCUUUUCUAAAAACGUUGAUAUAUCUAUAUAUUCAUGAAGUACCUCAUAAGCCUGAUAUAUGCUGCAUUGACCUUUUUUUGUUUUGUUUUUUUAGUGUGCUUCAUAUUGUCCAGUAACAUAAUUUUCCCCUCUAGGGAGGUUUGAAUGUCACUUCAGGCUGUGCCCACGCUGAUAGCUCUUCUUGUAACAUGUUACACCAUGUGGCCAAAUAACGUGUCAUUUAUGCAAGUCAUAAUGUCGAUCAGAAUAUUCCUAGUCUCAUUUCUGUGUCCUUUUCUAAUUUUUUUUUUGCAUCUUUCCUGCAUGUAUGUAGCCAAAAAAAGAGAGAUUGGGUUCAGUUAACCAAGGGUUGACGUGCAUCGAGCAGCUGUGGUAAAGCGCGACUGUUUACUCAGGCACUGACAUGUAAGGGCUGUAUCUGCUCACCCUGUCCUCCACAACUCCAUCCCCUCCCGUGCACUUCCCUCCACCCUGACACCCUUUUGUCUUAAAAUAGCCUUAGAUCUACAAGUGAGGUUCCUAUUUGGCCUUAAACAAAUUAUGCACUACAGUUUCACAGACUUGACAAAGAGCUCGAUUCCCAUUUAGACACGCUUUCUUUAAGACUUCAUGUUAUCUACCUCCUGAGAAUGUACAGUCGGUCCUGGAGUUGCAGUUGACUACAAAACUUUUUUUGUUGUUGUUUUCUGACAGAAGACAAUCAUCUGCGGACUUACAAAAUUGAUACAAAAUUAACUCAGAACUAAUACCAGGACACUCCUUUUUUUUUUUUUCUUUCUUAUAAUUAUAAGCCAUGACGGAGAAGCAAAGUGACCAAAGUCUCUUGGCAGAGACAGCCCUGCAAAGCCGCGUGAAUUCAAACCUCCCUUUCCUCCUGUCAUUUUGAGCUCACUUAUAUUUUGCAUAUAUUUUAGUUUCUGUAUCUCUUUUACUCCCUUAUUUAAACCACAACAUGCCAAAACUGAAUUUGCUGUCAUUCCUGUUCUGGUGAGGGUCUUUUGCUCAUUUCAUAUGUUUCAAAUCCACUGCUAAGCUCCUUGUUCUUGAUAUUGUAAGCUUUGAUUUCUCUUUUACGUUUUCUUUUUCUUUUUUUUUUUUCUUUUUGUAACAAUUAUGCUUACAGAACACAAGAUAUGCUGUAAACCCUGUUAGGACAUAAUGUGAAUACGUAUCACUUAAUAUAGUUCGCUCUUUGGCUUGACUGUAAGUUGCAUUAAUUAAUAAAAAUGUUUGAAAAAGGU